GUUUCCAGCACGGCCACCUCUAGGGUGAUGUGACAGCUACAAUUAAAUCAACACACACGCUGAGAACUGACCUAGGCAUAGAUAUAGACAGCUAUAUAGAAUAUAUACAUACAAAGACCAUGAGCCCAUGCCAGCCCUGAUUCAGCAGUACCUACAUCUCCCAGCAAACCUCCCUGCCUCCAGCCCCACCACAUAAAGCCCUGGGCAAUAAGUGCAGAGGGAUGGUGGUAGUUUCAGGAAAACUGGAAACGCGAGGCACCGCAGACGAUGCCAUGUCGAGCUCUGAUGCUGAAGAUGAGCUGAUCGAGCCUGCCACGCCCACUCCGACCAGCGCUGCCUUCUCACUGCAGGACAAAGUGCACCCGCUGCAGCUUCCUGAAGUUAUUCCACUUAAUGUGGGAGGGAUGAGCUUUACAACCAGGCUUUCAACACUCCUGCGCUACGAGGACACCAUGCUGGCUGCUAUGUUUAGUGGGCGCCACUACAUUCCAACAGAUGCAGAAGGGAGAUACUUUAUUGACAGAGAUGGCACCUAUUUCGGAGAUAUUCUGAAUUUUCUGCGCUGUGGAGAUCUUCCUCUGCAAGAGAGGGUGAAGAUGGUGUACAAGGAAGCUCAUUACUAUUCAAUUGGGCCACUGCUAGACAUUCUGGACAAAAUGCAACCACUUUCUGGGGAAAAAGUAAGACAAGCCUUCCUGGACCUGAUGCCUUAUUACAAAGAUCACUUGGAGCGCAUUAUUGACAUUGGGAAACACAGAGCUAUACAGCGGAAAGCACGCUUUGCAAAACUGAAGGUCUGUGUGUUUAAAGAGGAGAUGCCCAUCACCCCUUAUGAGUGCCCUCAAUUCAAUGCAUUGCGCUUCGAAAGGAGUGAAAGUGAAUCAAAACAUUUUGAGCACCAUUGUGAGGUUGACGUCUCCUUUGGGCCAUGGGAAGCAGUGGCAGAUGUGUAUGACCUUCUCCAUUGUAUAGUUACUGAUCUAUCAGAGAGAGGCAUUACGGUGGAACACCAGUGCAUUGGUGUCUGUGACAAACAUCUUGUAAAUCAUUAUUACUGCAAGCGCCCAAUCUAUGAGUUCAAGAUCACAUGGUGGUAAGAUCUGGGCAAAAGAACUCUAGGACCAAAUCUUCAGAAACAGACUUCAAAUACAACUAACGGCUCAAUGUUUUGUACUGCUAUUAAGAUGUGUACAGCAUAGCAUAGCGCUGGGCAGAAGAUAAUGUAAUAGACUGAAUAUGGUGGAAUAUUAAACCACUGAGAGAAAUGUUAGUGAAAAAAGAACAUGAUUAAACUGCACACUGCAGUAAUGCCUUCAGUAACCUAGCACAAUCUAAAGUCUCAUAACAGGAGUUAGUUACCUGACUGCAGGUAAUUGCUGAAUUCCUAAAACUUUCAAGUUUUGCUGUUUCCUAAUAGACUUUGUCAGGCUGUUCGUAUUUUGUACAGACACAGCCCCACUGCACAGUUAGGACAAAGCUAAAUGACUGGUUACAUUUUAUAUAGAUGCACUUCCAGCACAGAGUCACAAUGAGCACUUCUUCCUAUUUGACUGGUUAAAUAAUGGCUUUAAGACCAAAAGGCCAAUGAACUGUAAGUGUAAUGUAUCUGUAUGGUUAUUUGUGCAUUGUAAAACCAUAUUGCCUGUGUAUUAGUAUGCCGUGU